AUGAGGGAAAAUACUUGGAAUCAAAAGGAUCCCCUACAUUUUAUAAUCAACGAAGAAGAAGAAUUUUUAAAUAUAUUUAAUUAUAAAAAUGUAAAAUGUUAUAAAUCCUCUAGCUAUAUCUAUAUUGGGCAAACCACAAGAGAGAACGAAGAUUGCGGGGGAAAAGAAAACGAGUGCGAAGGACGAAAUAAAAAAAGCAAAGAUAUCAAAAAAACUGAAACAAAAGAAUACGCAUCAAAUAAUCAAGAAAAGACAGAUAAGAAAAAGAAAAAGAUAAGUAAUAAAAAUAUAAAAGAUGGGUAUGGAAUUUUAAUAACUCUAAGCAAAAACAUUUCCAAUGAAGAAAUAUUAGUAAAUAAAUUUAUCGGUAACUGGAAUAAUGGCAAAAAAAGUGGUUUAGGACUUAACAUAUUUUUAAACAAAAAUAUAUAUUUUGGUUACUAUGAAAAUAAUUUAAGAAAUGGUUGGGGUUAUUUUAAAUGGAAGAAUAGCGGUUCUACUUAUGAAGGUAAUUGGCUUAAUAAUUCUAUGAAUGGUAAAGGAAUGUAUAGGAAUAGGAGUUUUACAUUCGAUGGUGCGUUUUAUAAUAACAAGUUUAUGAAUUCUUAUGGUGAAUGGGUUGACGUAUUUGAGUUGGAAAGAAGGAGUAGUAAAACUACAAUGGUAAACACGAAUAUAAUUUCUAGAAAUAGCAACAGUAAUAGCAGUAGUAAUGGCAGUUGUAAUAGUAAUAAUAAUGGAGGUGAUGGUAUAGAUUUAAUUUUACUACCUUUUGAUUUUUUAAAAAUUAAUUUGAAAAAAAUUGCUCAUAUAAUUAAAUACAGUUUUAACAAAAUCCCCUUCAUUAUGUGCUCUAAAAAGUUUACGGAGAAAUAUACCAAUUUUAAUUUGUCUAAACUUAUAUUUUUAAGUUAUUACUGUAGCUCCGCUGAAUUAAUAAGCGAUAUGAAGUUGCAGCAUUUACUUUUUGAUGAUUCUGAAAAUAAUGUUUGCGAAAAAAAAGAAGAUAGAAAGGAAGAGAUUAAAAAAGAGGGAAAAGCAUGUUUGAAGUCAAGGUUCAAUAAGUAUAAUUCUUCUUUAUCCGAAAACUCUACUCGCUCAGACUUUGAUGACCAACUAACUAAUGCAAAAAUCCAAAAUGAGAACAGCAAUUUUAUUGAUUCUAAUCAUUCUAGUAAUUCUGAAGAGUUUCAAGAGGACAACCAUUGUAGUGUUUCUAACGCACUUAACUUUUCAAGUGCAUCUGACACAAAUGCCACUUCAGACUCCUCUAGUUUCUCCAGUUUAUCAUUCAUUUCUAGAAGUUCACGUAUGAAAAUGGAUAGACGUGUUGAUAAGGAUAUAAAUAAUUAUAAUGAGCUCAUAUCGAAUCAUAUUGCUUUGAAUGAAAACGAAAGUAAAGAAGGUACUAGUGGAAGUAUGUUAAAGGAGUACAUAAAAAGUACGAGUAAAUCAAAUUCCUCAAAGGGUGAAAAGAGUCGUAAAACAUGUUCAGAAAGUAGUAAUAAUAAUACUAACACAAGUGAUUAUCAUAAUAAUAGUGAGGAGAACCAUAAUAAUUGCUUCAAUUCAGAAGAAAUUAAAAGAAAUGAAAUACACAAUUUAAUUAACAAAUACUUAAAUAUUUAUGUGGAACCUGAAGACAGUGGUAGUGAUUACUCCAUAAUGUCCAGUGGGACAGAAAAUAAUGACAAUAAUAUAAAUUUGAGUAAGGAUAAAAAAGAAGAAUAUAUUCUCAAAAAAAGCAAAGUGCCGAAAAAACAUGAAAUACUUAAGGAUGUAGAAGAAGAAGAUACACAAGAAGGAUUAAUCCCCCACAGACAAACGAACUCUAAACGCAUAGACAUAAAUGACACUAAUGGUGAACAAAAUGAUUACUCAACUAAUAUUAAUAAACAAAUUGAAAAUGAAAUAGAAAAAAUAAAAAUAGACAUUAAUUUUUUGCAUAAAUUAACCAGCUGUAAUUUAUCCUGCACAUAUAUGAUAAAGAGAAAGAUAAAAAAAUCUUUGAUGAUGAAAUAUCCAUUCAUAAUUAGCUUAAAUAUGAGAAACAUCAUAAAUAAACAUGAAAAGUUAGCUAGCGAAUUACUCCUACGAAAUUGCAAGAUACCCGAUUAUUGGGCUUUAGAGAACUAUUUUGGUAGCUCAGAGAACAAGCAUCCUGAAGAAAUUUUUACACCUCUGUACUUCGAUUUUAAUAAUUCAUACAAAGAUCCUACUAAUCAUUCCUGGAUGGGUGAAUAUAACAACUUAAAUAAAAAUGAAUUCCAACAGAAAUGCAAUCUUAACUUCUUCCUGAUUACUGAUUUACUAGUAGAUGAAACAAAAGAUAUACAAUAUUUAAAAAGUUUAAUAAAAAAUAAAUUUAGCAGUUAUUUAUAUUUAAAUAACUUGUUCUUUGUGGUAAUUGAGUAG